AAAGAAAUUUAGAAGGAAACUAAAUUAAAUAAAUAUUAUAAUAAAUAAGAUAACAACAAUCAUGUCUCGUGUUUGCGAUUAUUAGAUAGAUAUAUUUCCCGCAAAUUUGUUAUAUUAACUAUGAAGUAUAUUGUUUAUGUACGUGUACAGACAAGAGUACUCUAAUCAAUAUGUUAAAUAUAACAUUCAUACAUARAAGCAUGCAUGUAAUCUAUCAGAUAUAAAAAGCGUUCCAAAGUGUAUGAAAUCAUUUAGAUUUGAAGUUCUGAUGCGACUACACUACCUAACGGCGUGUCCUACGCGAUCAUUAAUUGACAUUUGUACAAGCGUUAGAGGUUUAUUAUCAAGUUCCCGAAAAAUCCGUUGCCUGAACAGUGGCUUAACCACUAAUACUCAUAAUUACAGCAAGAAAAGUGACUUAAAAAAUAGCACGAACCAAAAGAACAUCAUUAAAAAAAUGCUCAACCACUUGCCGUUUUUUACCAGCGGAGAAAUCGUGCACGGCUUCGGACGUGGUUCUAAAGAACUUGGCAUCCCAACAGCGAAUUUUCCUCUGGAAGURGUGAAAGCGCUACCGGCCGAAAUAACUUUGGGCAUAUACUACGGUUGGGCGAGUGUAGACAAUGGUGAAGUGCAUAAAAUGGUAAUGAGUAUCGGAACGAAUCCCUACUAUGACAAUAAAGAGAAGAGUAUGGAAACUCACAUCCUACAUAAGUUCGAUGGCGAUCUAUAUGGACACCUCCUGAAAGUUUGUAUCGUUGGCUACCUACGCCCUGAACGUAAUUUUGGCUCACUCGAAGAACUUAUUUCUGCCAUUCAAAAGGAUAUCGCAGAUGCCACAAAUUUGUUGGAAAGCGAUGAGCAUAACCGGCAGUUGCAAUAUUCGAAAUAUUUCAAAACUAACGGUAACGAAGACGUAAAAUCUGCGUCAGCGAAUUUGAAUGCGCACAAUAAAAAUAAUGGCUCAUAAAAUAUGUUGUAGCCGUCAAUCCUCGACCGGAUACAAAUAAGUUACGGACCCGUUCAGUUACGUAAAGCCAAAUUUCGUAUGACGAAAAAUAAAUAGCUUUGAGUUAAUUAA